ACCGCUCCGCCUGCUCUGCCUGCCCGCCUGACUGCUACUGCUGCCGCCCUACACCUACACCUACACCUACACCCAUCCGCCCGUCCUCCCCCACUUGACCCGGUGGUACCACUCGCCUCGUCUCGGAGCUCCCGCCUCGCCUCUCCUGCGCGCGCGGCGAGGGUACGGCCGGCCAUGGCGUACCAGUACCACCACCAGGACCACGCGCUGGGGAUGGACCCGGCGGCGGCGGCGGGGAACCCCGGCGGCGGCUUCGCGCCAGGCCUAGGCGCGGGCGGGUGGGAGAGGGAGAAGGCGGCCAUCGAGGCGCACCCGCUGUACGAGCGGCUGCUGGAGGCGCACGUCGCCUGCCUCCGCGUCGCCACCCCCGUCGACCAGCUCCCCCGCAUCGACGCGCAGGUCGCCGCGCGCGCCCCGCCGCCCGUGCCCCCCGCCGCCGCGCCCGCCGGCGGCGAGGAGCUCGACCUCUUCAUGACACACUAUGUGCUGCUCCUCUGUUCCUUCAAGGAACAGCUCCAGCAGCAUGUGCGCGUCCACGCCAUGGAGGCGGUGAUGGCCUGCUGGGAGCUCGAGCAAACUCUGCAGAGUCUUACAGGGGCAUCUCCUGGUGAAGGCACCGGGGCAACUAUGUCCGAUGACGAAGACAAUCCGGUCGACAGUGAGAGCAACAUGUUUGACGGGAACGAUGUGUCAGAUGGCAUGGGCUUCGGAAUGCUAACCGAGGGUGAGAGAUCCUUGGUCGAGCGCGUGAGGCAAGAGCUGAAGCAUGAGCUUAAACAGGGGUAUAGAGAAAAGCUUGUGGACAUCAGGGAGGAGAUACUGCGGAAGCGAAGAGCCGGAAAGCUCCCAGGGGACACGGCGUCUACCCUGAAAGCUUGGUGGCAAGCCCACGCCAAAUGGCCGUACCCAACUGAGGAGGACAAGGCGCGGCUGGUGCAGGAGACGGGGCUGCAGCUGAAGCAGAUCAACAACUGGUUCAUCAACCAGCGCAAGCGGAACUGGCACAGCAACCCUACCUCGUCCUCGUCAGACAAGAGCAAGAGAAAAAGGAACAAUGCAGGUGAGGGCAACGCCGAGCAGUCCUGGUAGGGCGGGUGCGGUCGGUCGGAGAGCGAAGAACGAAGAACGAAUGCCCCCAUAUAUGUACAUAGCGCUUCCAUCUUGGAGAAGGCUUUGAUACUGCUAUUUAUUGCUCGGGAGACGACGUCGGCCGCUAUUCGCGCGCGGCGUCUCCCCGAGGACCCAACCAUCUGUGUUCCCCAAAAAGAAAAAAAAAACAUGGUAGUAGUAAUGUAAUGCUGUAAUGGAAUUACCCGAGAUGUGUACUAGCUGUUUUGUGGCGCGCCGCGGCGUCGCUGUGAGCGAGUGUGUACGGGCUGUUCCGUGGUGUGUGUGUCUGUGGAUGAUUGUGUGUUGCGUUGCCGUGGGACUGGUGCAAGUGUCGUGUGAUGUGGUAUGUGUUGUGUGUGGGUGGGUGCUGUAUAUUUGCGUACCUCUAUGUGUACUGACCGUGAUGCGUUGUUUGUCCGUUUUAUCUCUCUAUAUAUUGUCCGUUGUUUGUC